UGAACCCCCUCUGCGGCAGGCUGGGGGCGACCCAGAGCUCAUCCAGGCCAGGUCCCAAGCACCCGGUCCGCCGCGGGCUCCCCCGACACCUCCCAGAUGGGGGAGGUGGCGCCGGUGGCCACUGGGGGCACUCGCGGGCUUCCUCUCCCGCCUGCCGCGGGCAGGCUGCAGUGAAGGCGUCGCGACCCCCGCGGCCUCAUCCCCCUCAGGACUGAUCCCAGCCGCCCUGGCACCGGCCCCGUCAGCGCUCCCAGGGCUUUCUGUGCUGGCAGGGUCCCCAUGGCAUGUCCCUUCCCGAUCCAGACCCCUGCAGCUCUUCAGCACUCAUUGCCCUGCACGCAUGUAUCUCUGGGGACCCGGGUGGGGAGUGUGAGGCCUGGCCUUAUCAGUGACAGUCCAGAGGCAAGUCGGAUGUAGCCGCCUCCCGCCCCACCCCGAGCGCCCCCGAGGACUGCGGAGGGAAACAGUUUCGCAUCAGGAGCUUCCAGAGGGUUAGACCAGGACCAGACAAGGAUGGCUUUGGAAUGGAGAGGAGGCGUUUGCACUGGGGCCCUGGACUGGGACCCUGGGAAUGGGUGCUGGGGCAGGAGCCACCUGUCAACGUCACCCACUUGGUAAACCAUAGCAGCCGAUGUGACCCUUCUGAGCUGCCAGUCGGUCCACUCCGCUGCUCACGAAAGGCAACCACGACUCCCAGAUCCCUCCCCAGGUCAGAAGCCCCAGAUCCCUACACCCUGCCUGCCAUGGCCCCUCCUCCCUUGGGCUCUGUGGUCCCUUUCUAUCUUUCUGUCCUAGGAAUGCUACUUCUCUCCCCGACUCCCCCCGCCCCCCACUCCAUCUUGCAGAGCUGCUUUCUUCCCUGGAGACCACCCAGUCAAAAGAAGGAUUUCCUUUCCCCCAGCAAUCUACCUAUUUCUUUCUGUCUCUGGCAACCGCGUCAUUGUUUUGUUUGCCAUUGCUUUCCCCAUUGAAUUAGAGCCCAGGAGAAACUUCCCCAGCCUCAAGGGCAGGCCAGACCCACCGUGGGCCCCAGGAAACAUCUGUGGGAUGCAGACGAGACUGCCGCCAGGCCAGACUGGGCUGGACAUCUCCAGCACUCAAAAGGUGACAGUGCCCUGCAAUGUAAUUCAAAAUGAAAGCAGCAUCAAACACGAAGAUAAGCUUAGCCCUGUUUCCCAAUAUGCCUCUUUGCAAUAACAAACACAAUUUUAACAAGUUGCUCUCAUUUUUUUCUGAGCCCUACAUUGCUGGUGCUUGGCUCACUGUUGGGUAAUCUGGAAGAGCAUGACAUCACCAGCCAUGGUGACAUCACCCUAUCUGGCUUGUGUCAUCAUCCACCUUCACCCUGAGACAUCACCUCUGAUUAUGUGGAGACAUCACCAACCUGACCAGUGACAUCCUUACAUUCUGUUCCAUGACGUUAUUCCUGCCUGACCGAUGCCAGCACUCUGCCUGCCCUGUGGCGUCACCUUCCUUGGUCCUAUGCCAUCGUUUAAUCGUCCUGUGAUGCCACCCUUCCUACCUUGGUCAGCUGACCUUUCUCCUGCCACCAGCUUGUGUUCCACGUCCACGGGCCUGUAUUGCCGGCGCCGCCCCACCCUCACCCCGCCCUGCUCGGCCCGAAGGUGAGCCCCGCCCCUCCGCCCUCCCGGAGGGCCACCCGCCUGGCUCACCGCUUUGGAACUCAGGAGCGGGCACGGCGAUUUUCCCGUCUCGGCCCAGCGUUGCCGGAGGCGGGCCCAGGCAGGGUGCCCCAGCGCGCCUUUGUCGCCCGCGGGGUUGGUGGGCUGGGAGCGGACGCGUGACUGACAGUUGGCAGGGACGGCGGCCGGGGGCGGUCUGCCCCGCUCGGGGUGGGGGGAGUGAGGAAGGAGCGCAGCGGCUCAUUGGCUGGCCCGAGUGUGGGAAAGAAUGCCGAGCGGGGUUCACACAUCCCGUGGCGGCCCUGCCUUAAAUAGCCGGGUGGCUGGCGACGCGCGUUCGGUCCAGGAGCCUAGGAUCCUCUAGAGAAGGACUUGGGAAGCCUCGUCUUAGCCCGCGAUCGGCCCCUGGCGGCGCGCUUCGCCGGUAACCGGGAGGCGCGUGGGCGCACCAUGCCCGCAGACAUCCCGGGGAAGUCCAGAGCCUCGCCGCUGGCGGGAGCUCCGGCCAGCGCCUACCGAACCCCAAACAAGCCCCGGAGCGCGGCCGAGCACCGAAAGUCCUCCAAGCCGGUCAUGGAGAAGCGGCGGCGAGCGCGCAUCAACGAGAGCCUCGCUCAGCUCAAGACUCUCAUCCUGGACGCCCUCAGGAAAGAUAGCUCUCGCCACUCGAAGCUGGAGAAGGCAGACAUCCUGGAGAUGACCGUGAGGCACCUGCAGAGCCUGCGGCGCGUGCAGAUGACAGCUGCCCUCAGCGCCGACCCCGCCGUCUUGGGCAAGUACCGAGCCGGCUUUAGCGAGUGUCUGGCUGAGGUGAAUCGCUUCCUGGCCGGCUGCGAGGGCGUCCCGACCGACGUGCGUUCUCGCCUGCUCGGCCAUCUGGCGGCCUGCCUGGGCCAGCUCGGGCCCUCGCGCCUCUCGGUU